CCAAGUCACAAGACUACUCGAUAACGUUGCACAUGUCUGUCUUCCGAUAGAACUCGGUAUAUUUAGAACGAGGAGUAUUAAAAAGGAAACUAAACUACAAAAGCCUGGUUUGGUCGACUUCUUUAUAACAGAAAUGUAUAAAAUGAUACAUGCAGUCUUGUUCGCGGUUCUUGCCUCCCUUCUAGCUAUCUCGGAUGCUAAGUCUGCAGAUGAGUGGAAAUCGCGGGUUAUAUAUCAGCUCCUCACGGACCGAUUCCACAACCCUAGUGCUGGUGGUUCUUGUGGCAACCUGCGAGACUAUUGCGGGGGCACCUUUCAGGGAGUAAUCAAGAAAUUGGACUACAUACAAGGCUUAGGUGUGAAUGCCAUCUGGAUAUCUCCCGUCGUUGAGAAUACCCCAGGCGGUUACCAUGGAUACUGGGCUAAGAACAUCAGUAACAUCAACCCCAAGUUUGGUUCUCCACAAGACCUGAAAGACUUGGUUUCGGCCUGUCAUGCACGUGGUAUUUGGGUCAUGGUAGACGUGGUUGGCAAUCAUAUGGGGUACCCCCCAGGCUGCCCCGGCUGCUCCAUGCAGCAAGAGACCGACUUCUCUUCGCUGUGGCCGUUCAACAGAGCGGAACACUACCAUAAUUACUGUGAUAUUAAGAAUUGGGGUGACGCCCAUGAGGUCGAAUAUUGUCGGUUGGCGGAGCUACCAGAUUUAAACCAGGACAACUCCUACGUCAGAGAAACCCUAAAAGCCUGGAUCCACAACUUAGUACAGACAUACGGAUUCGAUGGAAUUAGGAUUGACACAAUUCCGGAAGUCAAACCACAGUUUUGGAACGAGUUUGGUCAGUCGUCGGGGGUCUUCCAAAUCGGUGAAGUUGACAACGGUGACCCCGACUACGACUCCCCCUUCCAGGGUCCCUUGACCUCCGUCCUCAAUUACCCCAUGUACUGGACUCUAAGAAAUGUGUUCCAGCAGAAAUCUGCAGGAAUGAGGACCAUUGGGGACAGGCUGAGAGAAGAGGCUGCGAAGUUCAAAGAUAUGACAGUACUAGGCGGUUUCGUGGACAAUCAUGACAAUCCUCGUUUCCUUAGCAUCAAUAAAGACUGGACCAGCCUGAAGAACGCUCUGGCAUACACGCUGAUGGCACGAUGGAUCCCUAUUGUGUAUUAUGGCACAGAGCAGGCGUAUGCGGGGGGUAACGAUCCGUAUAACAGGGAGUCCCUGUGGCCAAAUUACAACACCAACCAUUUAAUGUACCAGUUUAUCGCCCAGGUGAACGCGUUCAGAAAUAAACUGGGUAGCGCAUUUUACGACUCGGCUCAGAACGAACGUUGGAGGGAUGACAGCUUUUAUGCCUUCACCAGAGGAAAUGGGGAAUCAGUCCUUGUCUGUGUUUCCAACCAAGGAUCAGGAUCGACUGAGCAACGAGAUAUUGGAGACCUCCCGUAUCACGACGGAACCACUCUCCAAAACAUCCUGGACACGAGUGAUAAGAUCACAGCAAACGGAGGCAAAGUGAGCAUUAAUAUACAGAACGGCCAACCAAAGAUAUACCACGUUUUGUCAGGUGAGCACGAGGGUACGACUGAAUCCCACGUGACACCGCGUAACCAUGGUGACGUAGACACGCCCCCGACCGCCUCGCACCGUGUAGAGUCGGGACAAGAAGCAAACGUACUCGGUAUUGUGGUGGGUGUUGUGGGAGCAUGUGUCGUUCUGGGAGGAAUAGUCGGCUAUCUCGGUUAUAAAAAACUUCACAGGAGGUCCUACGUCACACUGAACUAGCCAGCGCCGGGCGUGUUCAUGUUCCGUAUUGUUCCAGCAUCCUUGAGUUUUACAAUGUUCCAGCACUAUAUGAAAAGGUCGAAAGACAAUCUCCAUAUUACAACAUAAUUGCUGAUAAACAAGGACAUGAGCGGUCUACAACUAAUAUAUGUUUCUAAUUUCAUUGUCAGAGAUUUAUAAAAUAAUCAAAAAACAAACGAUUUAAUUAAGAAUUUCAGUUAUUUAAUUUGAAUUGAUGAUUACAAAAUGACACUACAUGGAAAUGAAGCUGCUAUAAAUUUCCAGAAAACGCUCGUGGUUCUCUGUGCAAGUCCAGCGUCACUGGUCCAUGUUCACGCUGUCCACGAUAUACUAAUAAAAACGUAAUCUUACGCUUGUUUUCUCUACCUGAUAUUGAGUGCCAUAUGUGUAUCGAUUAUCUUUAUUGGCACAUUUGUUUGAGAAGGGGCUUUGACCUGACAAUACUGUGUAGCAAUUAUACUCACAUAUAUUCUAAUCUGUGUUGAAGGUAACACAUAUAUUAGUACAUAUCUACACAUCUGAGCAUUGGAAAAUGCGAGACAUAUUCAAGCCUGUAAAAAAUUAAACUUGUUAAAAGUGCAAAGCAUUUUGAACUGUAUUUUAUUCAACACUCGGCGUCACUCACCACUGUUGUCUUCCAUCUCUAUAUCUCUGACUAACACUUUUAUCAAUACAUUAAGGAUGAAGACGAUGGGGGUUAUCUUCUUAACCAAGCAAGAUAUACCAACAUGUUGCAUAUCAAUAAAAUGCUUAUUUUAUAUAAC